GCCAACAGAAGGGAGAUGGAUUUGAGAGAUAACCUGAGGCAAAGUUCUGGUGUUAUCAUAUUACAAAAUCAAGGCGCCUAUCCUUUUUGCUGGCGAACCGAUCUAUGAUUGUAUUCACGUCUAUUUUAAUAUCCCUAUGCAUAUACAAAGGAGCUAAACCCACUAAUCGCUCUUGUAACAUAGUGGAGCGCAGCCACGUUUUUAUCCUCUUUACAUGGGAGAAACUUCUUUCAGAUGUCGCAACAUUAACCGGCAAUGAAAUCAAUAACUGUAGGCAUCUAUUAAUUGAAGGAAAAAUUCCACUGUCUAUAAUAUCUUGUGUACGUGACUUCCAAAGGUCAAAUUCAGCUUUUAAUCUGGUACAUAUUAAGUUUUUGUUUUCGUUACUAUUUAGUCCAUGCAAAUUUUUAGAGAUUGUUUCUAAUAUAUCCAUCAGCUUCAAUUUUUGAAUUAAAUAAUGAGGCAAAGAAAAUAUUAAAAUUGUAUAUAUUCAAGGAUUCCUCAUUGAA